GCUAUCGCGCGUGGUGGAUGUUAUUGGAUUUUGUCGCUCUUCUCAGCCCAGGUUCAUGUUUGAAUAUUUGAUUUCCUUGUGGAAGGGGGAGUGAGAAUUAUUAUCCUGAUGGAUAUUAUUGUUCUUUGGCUUUGUGCAAUUUAACUCUCUACAAUCGGAUGGAGGGAGCUCGGUUUUAGUGCAUUUCCUGGCUGGAUUGUGGUCAAAUUCUGGUGGUCAGAAGAGUUGAAGUGAAUUCCAAUUUGUUGUUUCGAUAAAAGAGUGUCGUUAGAGUUGUUUGUCCAAACAUAGGAAGCUGAUUAGUGUAGUGAAGUUGGAGACAGUAGAAACAGAGUUUUGGCGCGUUUGCGCGCAAACUUCCACAAUUCCGCCGGUGGAUUUGUUAUGAAUGUCGCUGGUUCUGAUCGAUAGCCGCCAGUGGAAGUUGAAUGAAAAAUAGUGCCAUGUACACAAAACCGUACUUGAAGUGAGCGGAUGCAUUGCCCUCUGCAGAAGAAAUAAAUACCGGUUCAGCAGCGAAAAUCCUUUUUCGGGUGUGCGAUCGUUUGUGCAAGUAGCGUUCUGUGGGAAGUGUACGCUUUUUAAACAACGAAAGAAGAAAGAGUUUGAUGGAAAAGUAAGCUCAUGCAGUGAAAUGGUCAAACGGAUGAAGUGAAACGUAAUGAAGAAAGCACUCGGUAUCUAAAAUAUUCACGAAGGAAGAAAGAGAAGGAGCAGCUCAAAAUCUAGUGCAGGAUGUUUGUAAGCAAAAUUAAAGGCUUCCUGAAGAUUGCUUCAAACUGUUGUUACUGAAAACGGCACACGGGCGUUUAUGUUUAGCAAUACUGGUGUGAAGGAGUGACCUUUUGACGAAGAGAAUUAAUCUUCCACCGAUGCUGGUAGUUGUACGUUGAGUUCUUAUCGCUGAUCUACAGGCGCUGGUUUUUCGGGAGAGUGAAACGGAUUAAAUGUCUUGCUCCUUGCAGACUCGUGCCUACCGAAGAAACCCGAAUCCCACGGCAUCAUCCUUCCGACGACCGUAGAGUUUGAUUCGGAAAUAAGACUCACUCGUCGUCCCUGGAGGUUCGGUGAACUGAUGCAGAAGUAAAAUUUUAAUUAUUACUAAAAGUUAACCUCUGGCUGGCUGGUCCUGUCUGAACUGGAGUGGAAAACGGCAAUAACCGGAAAAGAACCAGCAGUAUUAGCAGAUGAACCUGGAACAUCUCUGGUGCACGAUUCGCAGUGCAGUAUCUGGCAGUGGCGCUUGCAUGUUGUGAAAGUUCGUUAUUUUAUUUAUUUUUUUGCAUGCAACGGACUCAUCGAAAUGCGAAACACGUGCUGAGUAGCGACGAAACGAAAAGUGUAUCGCAAGAGCAGCGUUAUGAAAAUUAAUUGAAUACAGAAUUUUCCUGGUGCCGCCAGCAGUUUCGGCGAGAGUGUUAAAAUUUAUAAUUAAAUUAGUGGAUAGUAGUUUUUCGGGUUACUGGAGACCAGCAGCAGCGCAGAGGACUUUUUGCCCAAAUUGUGGAAUUGUGCAUAAUAAGUCGCGCAGAAUGUACGGCAUUUAAUAGCGGCGAUCAGAACGGCCAGACGAAACAUGAUGCCGCUCCUGGGUGGGAAAUCCAAACAAAUAAUAGCUAAUAAGCUAACAGUGUGAAAAUUUGGUGCUCCUUUUUGUAUUAUUGUUCUGUGUAUGUGCGCAAUUAAAUGAAAUCAUAUCGGGAAGAUUUGAUUAUUGAAUAAAAUAAUAACCAUUACAAAAGGGGUAGAAAUUUAAUGUGCGGAGUGCCAAAAUGGGCAGUGCCAGGUAUUGGUCCAUACCGCCGUUCAAAAUGUUAGUUCUAGCGGUAGUUUUGCUGAGCUUGGCCGGCCAUUCCUUGUGCGAACCGUACGGCGGAGGACACUAUGGGCAGAACGGGGAGAUGAUGCGGUGCCCCAGGCUAUGCUCCUGCACCGGCCAGACAGUUGAUUGUUCGCAUCGUGGACUCACGCAGGUGCCGAGGAAGAUUCCGCUGGAUACCGAUAGACUAGACCUGCAGGGCAACAACAUCACUAUCAUCUAUGAAUCAGAUUUCCAGAGCCUGUCAAAACUGCGAAUAUUGCAACUAACUGACAACCAAAUCUAUACAGUGGAAAAGGAUGCCCUUCUCGAUCUGAUAUCUCUGGAACGACUACGACUUAAUAGCAAUCGCUUAAAAUCAAUACCAGAUAAUUUUUUAUCGAGCGCUGCUAAUUUAUUACGAUUAGACCUUUCCCACAAUGCUCUGUCGGCUGUUCCGAAGCGAGCCUUCAAAGGCGCCUCUUCAUUGCGGAGUCUACAGCUUGACAACAACCAAAUCACUUGCCUGGAUGAGCAAGCCGUUAAAGGAUUGGCGGAACUGGAAAUCCUGACGCUGAAUAAUAACAACAUCACCACGUUGCCGCGCGAUAUGUUCUCUGGCAUGCCACGAUUGCGUGCCCUGCGCCUUUCGGAGAAUCCGUUUGCGUGCGAUUGUCAUCUGUCGUGGUUGGCACGGUAUCUGAAAAAUGCUCCACGCCUGGCACCGUACACGCGAUGCCACUCUCCCAGUCAGCUCAAGGGUCAAAAUGUAGCCGAUCUGCACGACCAGGAGUUCAAGUGUUCAGGUCUGACAGAAAAUGCUCCGAUGGAAUGCGGUGGCCGCAGCCUUUGCCCGCAUCCUUGCCGGUGUGCCGACGGUAUCGUGGAUUGCCGCGAGAAAAGUUUAACCAGCGUUCCAGCCACAUUGCCGGAGGAUACCACCGAACUGCGGUUGGAGCAAAAUUACAUCACCGAGAUCCCACCGAAAGCAUUCGCCAGUCACCGCCGUCUGAAGCGGGUAGAUCUCUCUAAUAACAAUAUUUCGCGGGUUGCCUACGAUGCCUUCAGCGGUCUAAAAUCGCUUACGUCGCUUGUCCUUUAUGGCAAUAAAAUUAAGGAUUUGCCGGCGAGUGUUUUUAAGGGAUUAACAUCCUUGCAGCUGCUUCUGCUGAACGCCAACGAAAUAUCGUGCGUACGGAAGGAUGCUUUCAAGGAUCUACAGAAUCUCAGUCUGUUGUCAUUGUAUGAUAACAACAUACAAACACUGGCCAACGGCACGUUCGACUCACUCAAAAGCAUUCAAACUUUACACUUGGCGCGUAAUCCCUUUAUUUGCGAUUGUAAUCUACGAUGGCUAGGCGAUUAUUUACAUCAAAAUCCAAUUGAAACUAGUGGUGCACGAUGUGAUUCACCUAAACGUAUGCAGCGACGUCGAAUCGAAGCACUGAAGGACGAGAAAUUCAAAUGUUCCGAAGAUUUGAGUAAAAUCAAAUAUGCUGGAGAGUGUCGAAUGGAUCAAGAGUGUCCAGCUGCCUGUCACUGCGACAGGACCACGGUGGACUGCUCGGCUCGUGGCUUGAAGGAGAUUCCGAGGGAUAUACCACUUUACACAACAGAACUCCUACUCAACGACAACGAAUUAAACCGGAUUCGUUCUGAUGGACUAUUUGGGCGAUUACCGAACCUAAUCAAACUGGACCUACGUCGAAACCAAAUUAUGAACAUUGAACCGAACGCCUUUGAAGGUGCUACAAAGAUCCAAGAGUUAUACAUCAGCGAAAACAAACUACCCGAAGUUCACAAUAAAAUGUUCCUUGGGUUACACCAGCUCAAAACUCUGUCGUUGUACGAUAAUCUGGUGUCUUGUGUCAUGCCCGGAUCAUUCGACUUUCUCUCAUCACUCUCACAACUGAACCUUGCCUCCAAUCCAUUUCGGUGCAACUGUCACCUCGGAUGGUUCUCGGAUUGGCUUCGCAAAAAACAACUUGGUGGACCUCCGGCUCGCUGUUCAUCGCCUACUAAAGUUCGUGACGUUCCGGUGAAAGAUUUACCGCACUUUGAGUUCAAGUGUUUGUCGGAGGCUGACCAAGGCUGUCUGGGGGAAGGAUACUGUCCACCGUCAUGUACAUGUACGGGAACUGUAGUUCGUUGCUCACGGAAAAAGCUAAAGGAGAUUCCGAAAUCCAUCCCAUCGGAAACAACAGAGCUGUACUUGGAAUCGAAUGAAAUAUCGAUGAUUCACACUGACAGAAUUAGCCACCUGAAGUCGCUGACCCGACUAGAUCUGAGUAACAACAAAGUCAGCAUUCUGUCCAACUACACGUUUGCCAAUUUGACUCGACUAUCGACGCUCAUCAUCAGCUACAACAACUUGCAGUGUGUUCAGCAACUUGCGCUUUCCGGAUUGAAAAAUCUCAAAGUGCUUUCACUGCAUGGAAAUCACAUUUCCAUGGUUCCGGACGGAGCCUUUGCCGAUCUUCUAUCGAUAACUCACAUAGCCCUCGGAAGUAAUCCCCUUUACUGCGAUUGCUCUUUAAGGUGGCUAUCGGAGUGGGUCAAACGAGAUUACGUCGAACCUGGCAUAGCUCGUUGCGCCGAACCGGAACCGAUGAAGGACAAGCUGGUACUAUCGACACCAGCCAGCCAGUUUGUUUGCAAGGGCAAAGUAAGCAACGAGAUUCUAUCCAAGUGUGAUGCAUGUUACACGUUUCCUUGUAAGAAUAAUGCCGCAUGCAGAGCGCUUCCGGAGCGACAAUAUGAAUGUCAGUGUCCUCCGGGUUACCAUGGGUCGCAUUGUGAGCUGAUGAUCGAUGCAUGCUACGGAAAUCCUUGCCGGAACAAUGGAACCUGUACGGUACUUGAGGAAGGUCGCUUCAGUUGUCAGUGCGUGUCCGGCUAUACGGGAGCACGUUGUGAGACUAAUAUCGAUGACUGUAUCAAUCCCAAAUGUUUGAAUAAUGCAACCUGCGUAGAUGGUGUAAAUUCUUACAGCUGUGCGUGCUUGCCGGGAUAUACUGGAGAGUAUUGUGAAGCCAAAAUAGAAUUCUGUAGUAAGGAUUUCAAUCCAUGUCAGAACAAUGCCAAGUGCGUCGAUCAUUCAACUCAUUAUAGCUGCGAAUGUACUGCUGGGUACCAAGGAGCCAAUUGCACAGAAAACAUCGACGAUUGUGUUAAUCAUAUGUGUCAGAAUGGUGGAACUUGCAUUGAUGGCAUAAAUGAUUACGUGUGCAAGUGUCCUUCAGAUUUUACAGGAAAAUUCUGUGAAGGAACCCCAAUGGUCGCUAUGUUGUACCCACAGACAUCACCUUGCCAACAGCACGAAUGCAAAUUCGGUGUCUGCUUCCAACCGAAUCCAUCUAGUGCCGAUUAUAUUUGCAAGUGUGCACCAGGAUACUCAGGAAAACGAUGUGAAUAUUUGACUAGCCUAACAUUCCUACACAACGAUUCGUUCGUCGAGUUGGAACCAUUGCGAACUAAACCGGAAGCAAACGUAACGAUCGUGUUUAGUAGUACGCAGCAGAACGGUGUCCUAAUGUACGAUGGGAACAACGAACAUCUGGCCGUGGAACUCUUUAACGGUCGGAUUCGCGUCAGCUACGACGUUGGAAACUAUCCGGUCUCCACAAUGUAUAGUUUCGAGAUGGUUGCCGAUGGCAAGUACCAUCUAGUGGAAUUACUCGCUGUGAAGAAAAAUUUCACCCUUCGUGUCGAUCGCGGAUUGGCGCGAUCAAUAAUAAACGAAGGUUCGAAAGAUUUUCUCAAACUUACCAGUCCAAUGUUUCUUGGCGGAUUACCAGCUGAACCAGGUCAGCAGGCCUAUAAACUAUGGCACCUUCGUAAUCUUACCAGCUUCAAAGGAUGCAUGAAAGAAGUGUGGAUUAAUCACAAACAGGUAGACUUCUUGAACGCCGCACGUCAACAGAAGGUAACUCCCGGAUGUGCUCUAUUAGAUGCUGAAAGUGAAGGAGAAGUCGAAGAUGACUUUAUGCAGGAAACACCUAUGAUACUCAAGGAGGUGGAUCCAUGUGAGAAUCAUCAGUGCAAACGGGGUGGAAAAUGCAUUCCCAACGGCAAGGGCAGCUACUCUUGCAAGUGUAAGAACGGUGCCAAGGGCAAAUUCUGUGACCAAGGUGAGGGCUCGGUAUCGGUAGUCGUCGACGAGGACCCCUUCAAAGCUCCCUCUUCCGGAGCUUCUACUUGUCGUAAGGAACAGGUACGAGAGUUCUACACAGAGAAUGAUUGCAGAUCCCGGCAGCCGCUAAAGUACGCCAAAUGCGUUGGAGGCUGCGGAAAUCAGUGCUGCGCGGCCAAGGUCGUACGACGAAGAAAAGUACGCAUGGUAUGUAGCAACAAUACCAAAUACAUUAAGCACCUAGAUAUCGUGCGCAAAUGUCAUUGUACAAAGAAAUGCUACUGACUGCAAGACGCGACUACCCGAAUAACAUCAACACCAAUUAAAGCAACAACAUC